GCCGCCCGGUUCACUAACAGUGGCUGUGUGCGACCUCUCUGCCGACAACAAUCGCGUGCGUCCAUCUGUGUUGACGCCGCCCGGACACACCGUUGCAUUGUUCCGUCGUCACAUGGCGGCAUCCGUCCUUUCUGCAAUUUUCCACUAACGCUGGAGCUGAAAUGACAACUUGGCUAGUAAUUCUGCUGGCGACAUGCUGUACUCUAGUCACUGGGUGCCAGUUCUCGCCGGCGGGCGAGUACCUGCGCUUCGUGCGGCUGCCGGAGAACGUGCCGGUGGGCGGGGAGGUGCUACAGGUCGAGGUGCACCCAAGGCACGGCCUCUCGCUGCAGCCCAUAGACAAGGCGGAGGACGCGACGUUCUUCGAGGUCCGAGAGCUGAGCAGCCAGCUGGUGUCGGUGGCGCUGGCGCGCUCGCUGGAGGACCUGGUGGACGGCGACAGCCCGCAGAACGUGCUCAAGUUCCGCCUCGUCUGCGACUACCAGGACGGCGACGACACGAUUUCUUCAUUCCUGUCCGUGACGGUGUACGUAGAGGAUGUGAACGACCACAGUCCUGUGUUCGUGAAUGCGCCGUACCAUGUCACUGUCGAUGAACUUACGCCCGUAGGCGCGACGCUGUUCCGCGACGUGCGCGCGACAGACGGCGACAAGCCCAACACGGCCAACUCGGAGGUGGCGCUGAGCAUCGCGGCGGGCGACGAGCGCGGCCGCUUCUCGCUGGAGGCGGGAUCCGGGCCCCGGGCGGCGCUCGUGCUGCGCCGGCCGCUGGACUACGACGCCGGCGACGUCGAGUUCGACCUGACGCUGCUGGCCACGGACCGCGGCACGCCAGCGCGAAACUCAACCACACAGCUGGUGGUGUCCGUUGUUGACAACGAUGAUCUGCCGCCCAAGUUCACCAGGGACGUCUACCGCACGCAGAUCAACGAGUCUUACCCCAUCACUGGCGCGCGCAUCCACCAGGAGCUGCGCUUCUCGCCGCCGAUCCAGGCGUACGACCAGGACGCGUCGCUGAACGCGCCGCUGCGCUACGACAUCGUGUCGGGCAACGAGCAGCGGCUCUUCCUGCUGGAUGCGCAGAACGGCUCGCUGUUCCUGGAGCGCGAGCUGGACCGCGAACGCCACAGCGGCGUGCUCGUGCUGCAGCUGCAGGCCUCGCAGGCCGACCGGCCGCUACGCGUCGCGCACGCGCGCGCAGAAGUCGUCCUGCUCGACCUCAACGACAACCUGCCCGAGUUCGAGGUCGACGCCUACAAUAUCAGCAUCGUCGAGAACCUGCCCAACGGCUUCAGCGUGCUGCAGGUCGCCGCCACCGACAGGGACCAGGGCGAGAACGCAGAGUUCUGGUUCGAGCUGGAGGACCCGGAGCAGGCGUUCUCGGUGGAGGCGGACUCUGGCUGGCUGACGGUGCGCGACCAGAGCAAGCUGGACCGCGAGGCGCGGCCGUCGCUGCACAUGUCGGUGGUGGCGCGCGAGAAGACCCCCAGCGUCGCCGGCCCUGCCGCCGCCGCCAGCCGCGUCGCAGUCGAGGUGACGCUGCUCGACGCCAACGACAACAACCCAGCCUUCCAGCCGGACAACCUCUACUCCUUCUCCGUGCGCGAGGAUGCCGCACCCGGGACCGUCAUCGGAAAGGUGUGGGCGACGGACGUGGACCUGGGCCGCAACGGGCAGGUGGUGUACGCCGUGCAGGCGGCCGGCGGCGCCAACGGCAGCGGCGGCGGCGGCGGCGGCGGCGGCGCGGCGCCCGCCUUCACGGUGGACGCGCAGAGCGGCGAGGUGGCCGUGGCCGCGGGCGCGCGCCUCUCCGUGGGCCGGCACGCGCUAUUCGUGGAGGCCUCCGACCAGCCGGAGAACCCCAGCGAGCGGCGCUUCAGCAUCGCCGUCGUCUCCGUGGACGUGCUGCCUGUCGGCCGCGCAGGGACGGAGAGCAGCACGGAGCCGGACUUCGUGGGCGCGCCGUACGAGUUCUGGGUGGGCAGCACGGUCCCGGUGGGGACCAGCGUGGGUCAGCUGCGCACCAACGCCGCCGUCGACGCCCGCUCCGCCGUCUUCGACCUGCUGCACAGCUUCCACCAGGGCGUGCCCUUCGCGGUGGAGGAGCGGUCGGGAGUGAUCACCGUGGUGGACGAGAUCGGCAAGUACGCGCCCACGCUGUACGACUUCGAGGCGGUGGUGGCGGCCGACCCGGACGUGGCGCUCGUCACCAACGUCACCAUACACGUCGUCAAGCUGGACGGGGCGCAGCCGCAGGACAUCAAGCGGGAAGUGGAGCUGCACGUACUGGAGAACCAGCCGGCGUCGGUGGUAGGGCGGCUGCCGCCCCCGGCGCAGGAGGCCGUACUGGGGGCGGAGGUGCGCUACACGCUGGCCAACGGGCACGAGGAGGCGGCGCGCAGCCUGGCCGUGGGGGCCGACGGCUCGCUGCUGGCGCAGAGGCCGCUGGACCGCGAACGGCAGGACGUCUUCCACCUGACCGCGCUCGCCGAGACCUCCAGGGGCAUCGCUGCCGUCUACCAGGUGACGGUGUUCGUGGACGACGAGAACGACAACGCGCCGGCGUUCGAGCACGCUCGGUACGAGGGCGCCGUGCGCGAGGACGCGGCGCCGGGCGCCGAGGUGCGGCUGCAGCCACGGGCGGUGCGCGCCAGCGACGCCGACGCCGGCAGCCACGCCGCCUUCGCGCUGAGCCUGCGCGGCGACGGCAGCCACCUGUUCCGCCUGGACGCCGCCACCGGCCGUCUCUACCUGCGCGCGCCGCUCGACCGAGAGCAGGCCGACCACUACAACCUCAGCGUCGUCGCCAAGGACACCGGCAACUUGAGUUCGGAAGCGAAGCUGACGGUGAGCGUGACGGACGUGAACGACAACGCCCCGCGCUUCGUGCAGCUGGUGGUGCUGCACGGGGAGCCGCGCCGCAGCGAGGUGCGCAACCUGAGCGGGUCGGCGCGGACGCCGCUGGAAGUGACGGUGGAGGAGACGGCGCCGCCGUCGGCGCCGCUGCUGCGGCUGGUCGCCACGGACCGCGACGCGGGCGACAACGCCAGCGUGUCGUACAGCCUGGCGGCAGAGGUGCUGACCGCCGGGCCGCGCUCGCCCUGGUCCGUGCCGCACUACCGCUCCGUCGCCGAGAGCCUCAACUCCAGCGACGCCUUCCUGGAGCUGGACGCUUCCGCGGACGGCGGCGGCUGGGCGCGCACCCAGUACCGCACCAGCCGCGACGACAGUCGCGCGCGCUGGACCGUCACGCGCUUCGUGGGCGACGGUGACGGCGACGUGGACGUGGACGCCGACGACGCCUGGCUGACGGCGUCGCGGCGCCGUCCAGAGUGGGCGCAGCCGCCCGCCUCGGGGCCGGCGGACAACGCCACCGGCUACUUCUUCGCCGUGCACCGCACCAGGGGCGAGAUACGGCCUCUGCGUCGCCUGCCAGCCGAGAGCACGUUCGUCCUCCAGGUGGUGGCUACGGACGGGCCCGGGCUGUCGGACACGCUGGAGCUGCGCAUCCGCGUGGCGGACGUGAACGACCACGCGCCGCAGUUCGAGCGGCCGUGGUACCGCUUCGAGGUGGCCGAGUGGAACUCGUCUGCGGAGCGCGAGGUGGGGCGGGUGCGCGCGCGCGACCUGGACCACGGCGACAACGCGCGCCUCGCCUACCACCUGCUGCCCGGCGGCGGCCAACGCGGCCAGGAGCUGGCUCUGCCCUUCCGGCUGGGCGCCGACGACGGCGUGCUGACCGCGACGCGGCCGCUGGACCGCGAGCAGCGCGAGGUGUACGCCUUCAAGGUGCGCGCCGUCGACCUGGCGCCGCCGCCGCUCCGACGCUCCGCCACCGUCGACGUCCAGGUGGUGGUGUUGGACGUGAACGACAACGCGCCCGCGUUCGAGAGCUUCUCGGCCAUCGAGACGGACGCGUCGGGGCGGCCGCUGCCCGUGUACCGCGCCUCGGUGCCCGAGUCGGCGGCCGCGGGGCAGGAGGUGCUGCGGCUGGCCGCCAGGGACCCGGACGCGGGCCGCAACGCGCUGCUGCUCUUCUCGCUGCUGGACGCCGCCCCCACGCCGCCUCCCGGCGCGCGCCGGCGCCCGCUGCUGCCGCCGCCCCCGCCGCCGCCCCUCGCCGUCGACCCGCGCUCCGGCGUCGUCACACUGUCCGGAGGCGGCGCCGCGCUCGACGCCGAGCGUUCACCCGUCAUCAGCGCCAGGGUCGUCGCCGCCGACCUGGGCUCGCCCAGCCUCAGCGCCACUGCCCUCAUACAGGUGGAGGUGCAGCCGGAGCCGGAAGGGCCGUCGGCGCGGCAGGCGGUGUUCUCGCCUCGGUACCUGGAGGUGUCUGUGGAGGAGAACUGCGAGACGCCGGUGGUGGUGGCUGCGCUGAACGUGUCGGCGCCGUACCGCGGCCUGCCGCUCAACCUGAGCGUGGCGCCGUCGCGGCACGCCGCCUGGUUCGCCAUCGGCCGCGACAACAGCUCGCUGCUGCUGGUGGCCAGCCCGGACCGCGAGGCCACGCCGCGCCUCGAGGCCACCGUGCGCGCCACCUACAGCCGCCGCGGCCGCCUCGUGCUGCUCUACCCGCCAGACCUCGGAGACCUGGGUCACGACGAGGCCCGCGUGGUGGUGCUGGUUCGGGACGUGAACGACAACUCGCCCCGCUUCCUGGGCAGCGGGAGACCCCUGGUGACGGCGAUCCCCACCUCCACCACCUACGGCCACCACAUACUCACUGUCAAGGCGGAGGACCCGGACGAGGGCGCGAACGGCGAGGUGCGCUACUCGCUGCUGGGAGGCGCCGGCUCGGGCCCGCAGGCGCGCUUCGCGGUGGACGCCGCCAGCGGCCGGGUGCGCGCCCUGUCCACAUUCCGCAGGGAUGCCGGGCGCGUCUUCGGCUUCGACGUCAAGGCCACCGACCGCCGCGGCGCCGACGACGGCCGCUCCACCAUCGCCAACGUGCUCGUAUACGUCUUGGAAGAUGACAAGCAAGUAAUCAUGGUCGUUGCUACGAAGCCCACAAUGGUGGAGAAGAACGUUGAGAACAUCACCACGGCCUUGUACAACGCGACGGGGCUCGACGUGCGGGUGCGCAAGCUGGAGCCGCACAUGGGCCGGGACAGCGAGAUCGUCUCAGGGACCGACUUGUACUUGUACGCUGUCGACCCCCAUAUGAACGCCGUCAUUGAUAUGGACACAUUACAAAACGUGCUGACGGCGCGCCAGGCGGACGUGCGGCGGCGGCUGGAGCGGUUCCGCGUGCUGCACGUGUCCGCGCCGCCCCCGGCGCCCGCCCACCGGCCCCCGACCCCUGCCGCUGCCGGCCGCUGGCUGUCGUCGCUGGAGGCCGUCGUGCUCGCCCUCGGGCUCAUCGUCUUCGUCGGCGCCUUCGCCACCGCCGUCUGCAUCGGCUGCGCGCGCCGCAAGAACAGGCUCAGGCGGCAGGAGGAGCUGGGCAAGGCUCUGACGUCGCCGUUCACGCUGUCUGCGGCACCGUCGGGCCCUGCGUACAACGGCGACACGACGGACACGUACGUGGACAUGCACUCGCGCCGCUCCGGCGACAGCGGGGGCGGCGGGGGCGGGCCGCUGCGGCACCAGCACCACCGCCACCAGCACCACCGCCACCACCGGCACGGGCCGGGCUGCGCCAGGGCGCACCAGGGGCUGCAGGCCAGCCUCGCCUCGCUGCACUCCAGGGACUCCGGCGUGGGCGGCUCCCACAGGCCUGCCGGCGCCGGCGGCCGCUGCAUCUGCGGCCACUCCACCAGCCACUCCUCGGACAGCAGCGGGGGCAGCUACGAGGACUCGCUGAAGGGUGCGCAGCUGCGCCGCGGCCACGCGCCGUCGCGCCGCCAGCGCCAGCGGCACAGCUCCGCCUCGGCCGCCAGCUCCCUGGGCGCCGCCCCCGCCGCCCCCGCGCCGCCCCCGCCCGGCCUGCCGCCGGCGUCGGGCCGCGCGUCGCCUUGCGCCACGCUAGGCCGCCGGCCCAGCCACCGCGACGCGGGCUCCGUGCGCUAGCGGCGGCGUCGCGCUUCUACCGUAGACUACCCGCAGCGAGCGACGCUGUACAGGACCCGGUGCGGCAGCCAAGAGUGCAGCCUACAGUGCAGGG